AUAACAUUUAAGAUUGAAGCGCACCGGUUUGAAAAGGUCACAUCCGCCGUUUGGUUUCUUUUCAAAUGUGAAAUUUUACAGCGAUUAUAUCGUUUUAUUGUCGCAUCUAAUCAACAGAUAUGUCUCGAACAUAUCGCAGCAAACAUGAGGCUGACGAAUUUGCCGAAUCUGUAAAGAAAAGAGCAAAAAAUUCACAAGAGGUGCAGUUGAAAGGCUAUCAUAUUGCAUCCCUCUACUGUGAGGUCCAUGAAUACAAGUCGGCUCUUCCCUACGCUGAAAGCUAUUCCGCUCUGAAGGCAGCGGAUCCCAGAGGAUGGAAGUUACUUGGUUUUAUUUACGAGUCGUUGAAGAACCCGGCCAAGGCCAUCCAAUGCUACCGACGAUCACUGGAGCUCAAUGAUUACCAGAAGGAACUCGUGCUCAAAGUUGCUGAACUUUACUGUGAAGUUCAAUUUGAAGCAGAUAAACAUCGUUACUGGGUGGAGAGAGCAGAGAAGUACUUUCCAAAUCAUCGCAUCAUCCAUAAAAUCAGGGAACACAUCCUUCGUUCAACCAAGAAUCUUCGAGAAUAUGAAAAAUAUCUGAGAGAGAAGCUGAACUCCAACUCCAAUGACAUCUAUCUGAACAUCAAGCUUGUUGAUAUUCUCCUUGAGACCAACCAGAUGAGAGAAGGAUUCCAGCACUGUGCUACCGUUGGUGAUGCUUGUCGCUUUGACCUUGAACCAAGAUGGUGGCAGAAAGCUGCUGUCUUUUACAAGACAAUGAUAAGCCAGAAUAGUGGUCAUCCAGACAGUGUUCUUGUCCAGGUCUACAGCCGUUUGCUGCUAGCGGUCAACAGUCUGGUCAGUCUGGGUCUUGCUAAAAGCUCAGCUCCACCAAGUCACAACCUCCUACAGAUUCAAGCAUUGGACAAACUGCUGAUUCAGACCAGUGAUUUCAUGCCGACAGUCGGGAAUGCCCUACAGCGCCCUCAAGGUGAUGCCGUGGUACAGGAGGUCAAAGGUCAAAUCUUCUUCCAUCUUGCAACUCUUUAUCUGAAAAUGGCUGUUGUGGGUUCUGUAUCACUCUCUGACGUGGUGGAGAUGGCUGCAGCCUGUUACCUGGUCAGCCUACAGGUGGCGCCCUUUAGUCCCAUCACAGAGCUACCCUUGAAGAAAGAACGUAUGGACGGAUUGUCCGUGAGGCUGAAACGGCUCGGUGCAGAAAGACUGAGUGAAGUCUGUCACAUGUUGAACGGAUUGGUGAAGAAACACGAUGAGGAUUGGUUGGAAGCCUGUCGAUCUAAACUCUGCACCAAACAGGGUCGGCAAAGGUUGUUUGAGCAGAUGUAUGGCAUCCAGAAUCCUGAUCCAAGACAAUCCUUUCUCAUGAUGGAUGAUGUGUUCAUACGAACAACAAAUGUAGAAAUACCAGACAUGGUGAACACAGUCUUCAAAUAUGACAAAGCUUCCAUCGAGGGUGGAACCACCAACCUUCAACGUCUUGUAUGGCUUGGUCUCCAGUGGGACGUACGGCAGGAUGAUAUCCUUCCUGACCUGGGGUCGUUCGUUGAAGUGACCUUUAACCGUCUAGCGAUCAGUACAAGGAACCUAGACAACACCUCGGUUGAUAACCUGUGCAUUCUAGAUCUUGAGGCAUUCCUAUAUGCCAGCAUCUUCAUCGCCCGAGCCCAGCUACGUAACCUACAUCAGCAGGGAUUGGCCGGUUUGAAUAUUCCUGUCGCCCUAUUGGUCAAUUGUUAUUCUGAAGAACAGCUUGAUUGGUAUAUGUCCGUCUAUCAGCUCUACAGUGGAAAGGCUAAGCCAGUGGACCUUGGCAAGUUUCGGCUGACGGCCAAGAAAGGACUGGAAGUUCUCCGAUGUCAGAAGAAUCAUGGCAUGGAGACACAGCUGCUUGUCGAGCUGGGAAGAACGUUCAGUGCAAGAGUUGAAGAGCUUCGGAAGGAAUCGCAAGAUCCCAACGACCGGCGUGAUCGUCGUGAGGCAUACCAAGCCAUGAGUGUUCUUUACUGGGAAGCUGCAUUAGAUCAUCUCAAGAUGAUGGCCAGUCAUCGAGCAGUCCUACAUCCCAAGAAACCAAUGUUUUCACAUGUCCACAAACCAUUUGAGGAUGGUCAGGUUGCUAAGUUACUUGAUGAAGGUGCUGUAGUGAUCGCCGAGUCGCUCUUUGAGAAAGGUCAACACCAGGUGGCGCUAUCUAACCUUGCUAAAGCUAAAUCACCAAAAGCUCUCUUUGCAAAAGCUAUGAUGCUUCAUGUGUUGGCCUCUAUGGAGACAGAGAAUAGACCAGUUGAUAAGAUUACAGUGGAUACCUUGAAGAAACAAGGAGAUCUCUUAGACCAAUCCAAACAUACUCUCUAUCUCACCAUGGAUAGCAUUGAUAAGGAACCAAGAAAUCCGCUCCAUGAGGAGGUCCAGACACUCUUAGAGGAGAUUGAGUCAGAGCAAGCGUCAAUCUUAGAACAGAUCACAGCCCUGGAGACUAACCCUUCUGAUAUCUCAAACCUCUCAUCUAUAAGACACUCCUUCCUAGGGGAGAGCACUCGGAGCUCAAGUCAUAGGACGCCCUCACGGGACUACGACUCGCCAUUCAGGGAGUCGAUGGCUAGAGAGAAUCGGACCCUAUCACAAUCUCAGUACUCAGAACAGCUGAGUCCUGAUCCGAGCCCUCGUCGUCUGGCAGCUGAGGUUCGCGCCCUGACCCUCUCUCAUUCACAUCUUCUAGAUCAGAAUCAAAGAUUGAUGAAAAGAGAAGAUAAGCUCAUGGAAUCCAACGCUGAGCUUAUGAAACAAGUCCUUCAACUCACUAAAGACCUUCAAGAGAUUAAGCUUCAACAGGCCAAGGCUUUGAAUCAGACUCCAGCAGCACCAGCCACUGUCACACCCGCUCCAGCUACUCCAUCUACUCAAGGUGUGACUGGUACCCCAGCUCCUCAGGCCACAUCAUCACCUCAGCUUCCUCAGCAAUCACCACAACAACAACCGACACAUCCCCUGGCUUCAAGGCAAAGUGGCAGUCCAAGCACGCAGCAGACUCCUAACCGUGGUCUCUACCAGCCCCACCCUGGUUACCAUCCCUUAGAGUCAGGGGCAUACUACCACCCCCAUAUGGUCCCGCCCUCCCAGAUGGGUGCAGCCGCUAACCAGGCGUGGUACCCCUCGGCUUACGGCAUGCCUUCGCCCAUGCACAACCCCGCCUUCUAUGCCCAGCAGGGUUACGCCAUGCCGACCUAUGAUCGCAGCGGCAUGUCACCGGGGAUGAUUGCAUCGACGCCAAGGAGCAGCGGGCGUGGUCCGUUGGAGAGUCUCUACGGGAUGUACACUUCGAUUCCUGCUUCCCCGGAAGAGAAGGGCUCCGCUGAACAAUUGGCUGCAUUACAAAGCUUAAGGCAGCAGCAACAGCAGCAGCAGGCAUCAACAGCAACUGCAGCCUACAACCAGCGUCUCCUGGUAUCUGGAGGAGCUGGAGCAGCCAGCAUUCAAGGGACUACCCCUCAGAAGCUUGGCCUUGAGAUAGAAGAGAAGGGUAUCGUAGGAAGGGCCACUGGGACACCAACAUCCACAGACAAACCUGUCAUGUUCAAAGGUUCAAUCACCAGUGGCCUUCCAUCCAAGUCUCAUGGUGUGGUCCCUCCAGCCAUGUUCUCACCGGGUUCACCGUCUCCCUCAGCUGCUGCCAGACCUACCCCUGCAGCACCUGCCCAGGUACCCACCAGAAGCUUCGUCACCACCCCAGAGAGGGGCAUCGAGAACGUGACUCCACCGGUGUCUACGCCCGGUUUGAGUUCCUUCACAGGGACGCUUACCAAGCCUCUCGGGACAGUUGAACCCAGCAAAGUGAGUCCCCAGCCUCAAGGAAUGGUGAAGCAAGAUACCUCUGACAGGCAGAGGUUGGCCAUGAUGGCAGCUGCUGCUACAGGAGGGGGUUCCCCUGCAAUGGGUGGGAGUUCCCCUGCUUCACUUCCUACAAGCGCAGCAGCUCAGCCAAAGACUCAAUUCACAGGAUUCACUCCCAGUCCUGCUUCUGCCACCUCCAAACCAAGUCAGGUCUUCAGCAACUUCUCUUUCUCACCAAGCACCAUCAAACCAUCGCCUUCAGUAGCCAAGCCAGCUACCACAUCAGCCUCCUCGUCACCAUUCGCGGGCUUCUCCUUCGGGAUGUCUACCACGUCUGCUCCGUCGACAUCAACCAUAUCAACUGCGGGAGUCUUCAAACCAGCGCCUUCAAAGGCCACCCUUCAGCCUCCUGGAUCAGGAUCACCUGUGGUCUUUGGUAAGCCUGAUCCCAGCCAGGACUCAAGGUCAGCAUCCCCAGGGUAUCCAGGUUUCUAUGACUCUCCAAAAACACUUUCAGGAACCCCUCAGGGUGAUCAGACUGUGCCAUCCACCAGGAAGCCAGGACAGAGUCCUCUAGCCAAAGAAACUGCAUCUCCAAAAGUAGCAGAUACACCCAAGUCAGUCUCCUUCAAGGCAGAAGUUGAUGACGAUGACGUCAUCUACAUAUCAAUGACCCAGCCAAGUCCAGAGCGGCGUGCUAAAGCAGAGAAACUCCAAUUGCCCAGUGGUUUUUACCUGUACGAGGAUGCCCCGCCUUGCAAGGGAUGUAUAGGAUGCAUCGAAGAUCUUGAUAUUGAUUCUCUUUUCCAGAAAGGAGAAGAUCAGAAGACAUCAGCGCCGGCCGUCAGACCGAAAGAACCAACUCCAUCUCCAUUCGCUGCUACAGGAGCAAGCUUGUCUGCAAGUUCACCAGGUGGAAGUCUGUUUGGAGGCGGAGAUACGGGUGGCGGAAUUUCAUUUGCAUCUUUAGCAGCCAACCAAUCAGAGGGAUAUGGACAGCCAUUUGGCAAAAAAGCUUCAGAUAAACCAUUCUCUUUUGCCAAUGCCGGGGCCCCUGUCUUUGGAGCUGGUGGGUCCCAUGACAACGAUGAUAACGAUGACUCACAUGGUGGUGAGGAGGAGUUCGAUCCUCACUACGAACCAAUCGUAACGCUGCCCGACAUCGGCACCAUCAAAACCGGGGAAGAGGAUGAUGUAGAGAUGUUCCGUCACAGGGCUAAGCUGUUUCGUUUUGAUCGCGACGCCAAGGCGUGGAAGGAGCGUGGCGUAGGAGAUAUCAAGAUCACGAGGAAUCCAAAGACCGGCCGUGCUCGUAUUCUCAUGAGGAGAGAUCAGAUUCUUAAGCUUUGUGCGAACCACUACAUCACAGCUACCAUGGAGCUGAAACCGAUGAUGGCUUCAGAGACGUCUUGGAUCUGGUUUGCUUGUGACUUCUCUGAGGAAGAAGCUAAGAAUGAACAACUGGCCGUCAAGUUCAAGCACGUUGAAGAUUCCAAACGAUUCAAGGAAUGUUUCUUAGAAGCUCAGAAACUACUUGAUAUCAAGGAAAGAAAGGCAGAGGAGAAGAAGAAAGAGGAAAAGACUGAAGAGAAAAGGAAUGUGAGCAGUAAGACCACCGAGGUCCAGUCACCAAGUAUUUUGCAAUCAAACCCACAGCUUACAAGUCUACUACUUGGAAAAGAGCCAUCAACUAGUACCAAACCUGAUGCCAAGGCUUCACCUGUCCCUGAAGCCCAAGGGGCGAGUGCUUCUGACAAGGGUGCAUCGAUUGCUGCAAGAUUCGCCAAGAAACCAGGGACGUGGGACUGUGACACCUGCCUUGUUAACAAUCAAGCUGAUGCUACAUCCUGUGUUGCAUGUGCCACACUAAAGCCAGGUACGGAUCCCAAACCAUCUGCGAGUGCAGGUGCAGCAGGUGGUGCCUUUAGCGCUCCAUCAGGGUUUACCUAUGGUACUAAGUCAGGCGGUGCCGGUACUGGGUUUGCUUUUGGCAGUAAACAGACACCAUCUACAGGAAGUACCACUGGAAGUGACAUCUCCUUCAAGUUACCCUCAGGGUUCAGGGGGUUUUCUGGAAGUUCUGAUACCACGAAGGGUGCAACCCCCAACUCUACCAUAACUGAUGGUGCCACUGCUGGUGCCGCCUCAUCAGAUUCAUCUACAGGAAGUACCACUGGAAGUGACAACUCCUUCAAAUUGCCCUCAGGGUUCAGCGGGUUUUCUGGAAGUUCUGAUACCACGAAGGGUGCAACCCCCAACUCUGCCACUACUGAUGGUGCCACUGCCGGUGCUGCCUCAUCAGGUUUAUCAUCUAAGCUUUCUGCGGGAUUCAACUUUAAACCUCAGUCUUCAGCUUCGCCAGGAUCUGUCUUUGGUGCCAAGAAAGAUGAAACUCAAAAGCCCAAGGAGAGCGAUGGUGCCAGCAAGGCACCCUCAACAGGCUUUGUUUUUGGGAGCACCAAGACCAAUGAAGCAGAACCUUCAGGGGCAACCACUCCUGGCGGUACCAAGGUCACAGACAAGUUCACCUUUGGUACCCACAUGCCUCAGUUCUCUUUUGGUGGCAAGGGCAAAUCUGCAGGUGAUACAGGAUUUGCAUUUGGUGUUCCAUCAACUAAGCCAGCUGCAGAUGAACCUGAAGAAGGAUACCCAUUCUCUGAUGCUCUCAAGACAUUGAGCACUGAUUCUGAAUCCAAAGCGGACUCUACAACAACAACAGCACCGGCCACUUCCUCUAUGCCAAGCAAACCCUCACUGACCUUUGCUGACCUUGCCAAAUCUCAAGGAUCCAUUUUCACAUUCCGUAUGGACAUCAACACAAUGAACGCCACCAGCUCGGUCAAGUCUCCAGCUGGAGCUAAGUCUCCUGCCGGAGCCAAGUCUCCAGGUGUUGGAAGGUCUCCUAAGACCUCUUUCUCCAGGGGAGGGAGAACACUGUCUGGAGGCUCUGUGGAUGAUGAGGUGGAGCAAGAAGAUGAUAUCUACUUUGAACCCAUCUUUCAGUUACCUGAUGAUUAUGAAGUCAAGACAGGAGAGGAAGGAGAAGAGGCGAAGUUCAGCCACCGUGCCAAGUUAUAUCGCUACGAUGGUGGAUCAAAACAAUGGAAGGAGAGGGGUGUAGGAGAUAUCAAGGUUCUAUAUAACUCUGAUAAACAUUCCUACAGGAUCGUCAUGAGAAGAGAACAGGUCUUCAAAGUCUGUGCCAACCACCUCAUAACCUCUCACAUUGAGCUUCGUCCAAACGCCGGCUCUGACCGCUCGUGGGUGUGGUCAGCUAUGGAUGCUUCGGACGGUACGGUCCAGAAUGAACAACUAGCCGUCCGCUUCAAGAUGGCUGAAACUGCCAAGGAGUUCAAGAAGUCUGUUGACAAGGCAAAGGAAGAUCUAGAGAAGGGUGAAGGAAAGGAGAAGAAGACUGAUUCUUCAGAUUCUAAAAGUAAAGAGCCUGUUAUCAAGUCAUGUGACCCCAACCUCUCAUCUGCUCUUGCCGACGCCAUCAAGGCUUCAUCAGAAUCCACUGCCUCGUCAUCCAUUCAAUCAAUUUCUGGAGAUUUGAACCCAGAGGAAGAGAGAGACAUUCAGUUCCAGCCCAUCGUCAAACUCCCAGAAAAGGUAGACAUCAUCACAGGAGAGGAGCAAGAGAAGGCCAUUUUUGUCGGGCGUGGCAAGCUCUACCGGUUUGAUGUAGGCUCUCGACAGUGGAAGGAGAGGGGCCUGGGUGAUAUGAAGAUCAUGAAGAAUCACGAUGCUGAUGUGUACCGGAUCGUUAUGAGGAGAGAGCAGAUUCAUAAGGUUUGCGCCAACCACUAUAUCACCACUACCAUGUCACUGCAUCCAAUGUCUGGUUCAGACCGGGCCUGGGUGUGGCAUGCCAUGGAUGCUGCCGACGGUACACCAGUCUCAGAGCAGCUCGCUAUCAAGUUCAAAGAUACCACCAUUGCUGGAUCCUUCAAGGAGAUGUUUGAGGAAGCUCAGGCAAAGAUUAGACUCCGAGAUGAACAGAUGGGAAGUCAGGAUGAAGGAGCUACCGCAUCGUCUUCGUCUACCGGUCAAGGAGACGACGUUGCCAAGGCAACCGCCUCCAACCAAGGUGACUAAUAUGAAAUUGAACUGAAGACAGAAACCCAUGAAGCAGAAGAAGAGGAGGAGGAAGAUGAAGAGGAUUACGAGGAUGAUGACGACGAUUAUGAGGAUGAGGAUGAAUAUGAUGAAGAAGAAGAGGAGGAGGAUGAUGAGGACGAUGACAUUUAUGAUUACAUUGAUAAUGAUGAUGGAGAGGAAGACGAUAAGGACAAUGAUGAAAACGAGUCAAAAACCAAAUAACGUGAUCACUGACAUCGUCUUGCUCGUCGACAGUAGCAGCAUCAUCCAAAAGCUAUGAUCAGGGUGCAGUCGAAAAGAAACAUUUGAAUUCAUGUAAUGAAGUUAUGUGACCAUAGGGUUCCCUUGUGCUACAUCUUAUUCUGGAUUGAUGUUAAUGGAUAUCCAAAAUUGGAUUGUUUCGUGGAAUUAUUUAUGUUCAACCCAAAACAGUGCACAAGCUAAAAUAUGAAUAUAGAAAUAACACAAAUUUGAUGGACAUGUUCCUUGUUCUCUUUUGCCAUUAUAAAGUAGAAUUGAUCUUAUAAGAAGGAUAUUAUUUCUGGUUCUGUACUUAAGAAGCAUCAAAAGCUGAAUUCAUUGGAUAUUUCAUAGGUUAUGGUUUUUACAAGAACUCUUGCAAUCACUUGUAAGCCAAACUUAAAUCUAAACUUCACUCAUAAUCCUUGUUAUUAAAGAUGGAAAUUUACAAUUUUUUAUUUGCUUUAAUUAAUAUUGAUUCAAAAUAACUAUAAUCUGUUGCAAAUUCAAUAUUUCAUGCAAAACACUCUCUCAGUUCCCUUUCUGAUCAUUAAGAGAAACCAAUCCUUGCUGAUCACCACGGAUAAAUGAAAAUAUUAACGAUUUAAUCAUGAUUAAUUAUUGAUUCAACUUCUCCCUGAUUGGUAUGUUGAUUGGAUGGAGUGUGGUUGAGAAAGAUCUCCAUUUCCCUGAUAAAAACUUCUGUUGAUCUAUGAUCAUUUGUUUUCAAUAACGAGAUCAGUGAAUAAAGAGAACUGUUACCAUGGAUCCCUGGCUCGACGGCCAAUCAAAAUGAAGGUAUCCAUGGUAUUUACAUGUACCUUUAUCGUAAAUCUUUAGAAAAUAGGCAAUCUGCCCUUCCUUGACCAGUUCCAACUUCUCAAAAUUUAUACCUUGUAUGUAUCAACUGCUGUUACAAUGUGGACUUAAUCUAUCCAAGACUUUAAACAUAAUUUUAGAUCGAUCAAGAUCAGUUUUAUGACAUUAUCUUGUUAUCAUUGCAUCAUUGCAUUAUUAAGUUUAUCAUAUCCAUUCUGUAAUUCAACUUGUGUUAUUAAGUUUCUGUAUCAUUGUAACCUUGUAGUCUAUUCAUCAGUCCUGUAGAUGUAUACCUACCAACUGUACCUAUUAAAUAGGACAGUCCUGAUGUUUGGUGAAAGAAAGAGUCAAUUCAGCCGCUAUGUCCCUUUGCUUGUACUUACGUAUAGGAAUCUCAGCAAUGUUCCUUUGUUCAGUUUCUGUCUUUCUGUAUUUCUCACUUUAAUGUGUCGGGGUUGGUGGUUACGUAGAUGUUCCAUUAUAUUGGCAGCAUUGCGAGGCAACUUUAUCUGUUUGAAAAGACUUAAAUGCACAUGUGCAAGACAUACGUGUAGGGUAGCUUUAAAAGAGCAUAUAUACAACAGUAGUUGCAUCUCAAAUCUAAAGCUGCCUUUAAUGUGAUACACAAAGUAGAAGAUGUUAGACACCUUAAAUUGAGAAAGAUAAUUUAUGGCCAGAUGAAAAAAAGGUGUUAUUUUUAUUAAACUUUAUCAUUUUGAAAAUUAAAUAGUGUUCGGGGGCCCCAUUUCAUAAAGAGUUACAACUGUUGUAACUUCUCCAUUAUGGCGCACCACUACCAUGGUAACAAGACUCAGCAGCCAAUCACAAUCAAGGUCUCCAUUGUAGGUGUCAUAAUGAUAAAGUUAUAAUAGUUGUAACUCUUAAAUGAAACAAGGCCCCUUGACGACAUUUGAUUACCCAUGAGAUCAUGAAAAGAUGUUGGCUUGUGUUUCUAUCCACCAUUUUAAUUGGUUCUGUGUUUUUCAUCUCUGAUGUAAUGUUCUGUGUAUAUGUUUUCUUUAAAACAGAAAUUUGCAAGUCCUAUGUGAGGCGUAAAUGUAAAGAAAGCAUUGUAAGCCUUCCGUUAUUGAAUAUUUGAAUGUUAUUUGUAAAGAAAAAACAUGCCUUAUUGUCGAUUUGAUUUUUAGCAUACAAUAAAUUUUGAGUUGAUACUUGUA